GUGCAUUAUUUCCAUGUGAGUUAUUUUGUCGAGAGAUAAUAGAACAUAUUUAGAUAGUGCGCAGCUCAGUCACCUUGUUCAUUCAAUCACAAGGCAGGUACGCACAGUCGCCGUCCGUUUCCGCAAGUACCUACCUACCCUAAAUUCGGGAACGCGCGUGCAAAUACGACUGAAUUCAAAAAGGGACAUAGUGGCGCCGUUUUUUUUCAAAAUGAGUGAUUGUGAAAACAAGGAUUUAUUUAUCGACAGCUACGAUGAUCUUCCAAAGAAGACCUUUGUAAGGGGUUCCGAUCCGCGAGUAGCAACAUGCCGCGGCAAAUUGCAGAACAAGCGCUCCAAAUUAAAUCAGGAGAUCAAUAAGGAAUUAAGGUUAAGGGCGGGCGCCGAAAAUCUCUUUAAGGCGACUACGAAUCGAAAGUUACGAGAAACGGUGGCACUAGAACUUAGUUUUGUCAACUCCAAUCUUCAGCUGCUCAAGGAGCAAUUGGCGGAGCUAAACUCUUCGGUAGAACUUUACCAAAGUGAUAGCAUGGAUUCCGUAAUGCCGAUGAUACCUCUUGGUCUCAAAGAAACGAAGGAGAUCGAUUUCAUGGAUCCGUUUAAGGAUUUCAUUUUGGAGCAUUACAGCGAGGAUGCUUUCCAGUACGAGGAUCCCAUUACAGAUUUCAUGGACACGCGACAGGCGAUGAGGACGCCACUUCGAGACAACGCGGGCAUAGCGUUGCUCUUUAGGUACUACAAUCAACUGUAUUUCGUAGAGCGUAGAUUUUUUCCGCCCGAUCGAUCACUCGGUAUAUAUUUUGAGUGGUUUGAUUCUUUGACAGGUGUACCUUCGUGCCAGAGGACGGUCGCAUUUGAGAAGGCGUGCGUUUUGUUUAACAUAGGCGCUAUUUACACGCAAAUUGGAACAAAACAGGACCGCUGCACGGCCAAGGGAUUAGAUUCCGCUGUUGAUAGUUUCCUGAGGGCUGCUGGAACAUUCAAGUAUAUCCAUGAAAAUUUUACAAACGCGCCUUCGAUGGAUUUGGGACCUGAAAUGCUAGAGAUGUUAGUUCAACUUAUGCUGGCACAAGCUAGAGAAUGUCUCUUAGAAAAACUAGAGCUCCAAUCGCGAGAGGAUCGUUCUGUAGAUAUUUCGUUCGAUUUAGCUCAGGAGGCGGCGCAGCUAUCACAGUGCUACGCAAACGUUCAUCAGCUCAUCACGCACGAGACCGUCCGCGAUUAUGUACCUUACAGCUGGGUUUCUCUAGUACAAGUGAAGCGCGAGUAUUUCAACGGAAUGGCCCACUACCACGCCGCUAGCGGCAUUCUUCACGAAGCGGCGUCUCAAAUGUCAGCAGCCACCAAAGAUAUUUUAAGGUUUCUGCAUGUCGAAUCCACAUCGACCCAACUCAACAUCCGUUUGCCAAAAGACGACGUCGAAAGGCGGCUGUUAGGCAAGGCUCAUCUUCGGGAAGCGCUGGUGCUGCACGAAGAGUGCCAAAGGUUACAACGAAUGUGCCGCGAGUUAAAAAGUAAAUUAGCGCUAACUUGCGUUUUAAGAAUCGCUCAUAGCGAAGCGCUCCAGAGUUACACCGCCAACGAACACGAAGACGACUUCCGAGAGCUGUUAGAUCCGCCACAAAUACAACCGUCCACCAAAUUUCAACUGUCACUCACCGCCCCGGAUUUCGCCCAGCAUCGAGUCAACGACUUGUUUCGAGCCUUAGGACCUAUAGCGAUAUUUUCCGCGAAGAGACACUGGACGGCGCCGCGUCUCGUCCAGCUACACCGAGGUCGCAACUCCGAUGGCUUCGGAUUUUCAGUUCGAGGAGACGCCCCGGUUAUCAUAGCGAACGUCGAGUCUAAUUCCCUGGCCGAGUUUGGUGGAGUGAAAGAAGGCGAUUUUAUCGUAAAUAUCUUAGACAAGGAUGUGAAAUGGUCUUCGCACGACGAAGUCGUGAAAUGCAUCAAAAAUGCCGGAGACUCGCUUAGUUUAAAAUUAGUCACCCCUAUGGAUAGAAAUUAUUUAAAGCCGGUUAAAUCUAACAAAGGUUCUGUAAGUACACACAGUAGCAGUUCAGGUAUAUCAAGUGGUUUGUCGAGUCCUUCCGGUUCAGUAGCCCAACACAGUAACCACAAAAGAUUAACGUGGAAUCUAUUUAAAAGACACUCAACGUCAAGGGAAGGUAAAGAUUUUUACGAUAAUGUUAUAUUAAGGUAAUUUAAUUUGUAAAAUAUUGUAAACAUCACAUAUUUAUUUUGAAGUGAUUCAGUAAGUUUCCUGAACCAUACUAGUUUAUUCUGUGCUUAUUUAACUAUAAGAUUAGUGAAAGACUGAUAUUUAAGAAAAAGUUAUGUAGGUAUACAUUUUUUGUUUAUAUUUUAUUUGUACAGCAAUAAGAAUUUGAAUAUGUUUUUGCAGUA